UAAAAAAAUAAUUGAAGACCUGUUUGGGGAGAGAGAAAAAGCAAAAGAGAAGAAAAGGAAAAUACGAUGGGCGAGAUAUCAGAGACAACGAUGACGAUGCAGCAGCAGAAGAAGAAGAAGGGUCGCCCCUCUCUCUUAGAUCUCCAAAGACGCUCUCUUAAACAACAACAACAAAACUCUAAUUCUUUCAAUUUGAGCGCUAACCCUAGCCGUCGCGCCACUCGCCGGAACCCUGACCCCGAUAUGUCGGAGCGGAUUUCCGGCGGAGAAGACGACGACGAACGGAAAGAAAAGAAGCAGAAGCCCCUACUCGGUCUGAACCCCCAGCCACAUUACACGACAGUGUCUCCGAAUUCCUUGUCGUUUGGCUCGAGUCCGUACGGCUCUGAUUCAAUUGCGGAUAUCGAGGAUCCCGAGGCGGCCGUCAAGAAGCGCAAGAUCAGCGCCGCCCAUCUCGGAACUGAUGCAUUAACGGGUGAAAGGGUUUGGAAAGCGACAGACACCAUACAUGGGUCGCAGGUGGAGUCCGGUCCCACGACACCUUUGCCAGACAAAAAGUUGCUGGUGUUCAUCCUUGACAGGCUUCAAAAAAAGGACACUCGUGGGGUAUUCUCAGAGCCUGUGGAUCCGGAAGAGCUUCCAGAUUACCAUGACAUCAUUGAGAACCCAAUGGAUUUUGGAACCGUGAGGAAGAAACUAGAUGGGGGAGCUUAUGCCAACUUGGAACAGUUUGAGAAGGACAUCUUUCUGAUAUGUACAAAUGCGAUGCAGUAUAAUCCACCAAGUACUAUUUUUUUUAGACAGGCACGGUCUAUGCUAGAGUUGGCAAAAAAGGACUUCCAAAAUGUGAGGCAAGAUAGUGAUGAUAAUGAGCCACAACCCAAAGUUGUGCGGAGAGGCAGACCUCCAGGAAAAAACCUGAAGAAGUCCCUUGGUACAUCUCCUUUUGAGAAUGUUUGUCCUGAGCCUUCUUCAGAUCCAGCUCUUACCUCUGCAGGAGGUAAUGCAGGGCAGCCCUACAAUCUAAGAAAAGCACUUACUUCAGACAAGUUGCCCCCUGCUGAUGCAUUGGUCAGGGUCUCCCAUGGGUCUCAGAACAAUGAAACUUGUUCUAGUUGGUGGUCUGAAUGGGAGAAUGAAUUUCCAGCUUCUGUUUUGAAGAGUGUUUUGAAGAAUGGGAAGAACCAAUUUGCUAUAGAUGAGAAUAGGCGUGACACCUAUAAGCAUUCGAUGGAUUCUGGUCAUGGGCUAUCUAUCUUGGGCAACCUUCAAGGAGAAUUGAAGCAACUAAUUGCGGUAGGUCUAGACUUGGAGCAUGGUUAUGCAAGAAGCAUCACGCGGUUUGCAGCAGAUCUUGGGCCUGUAGUUUGGAAGAUUGCUUCAAAUAAAAUUGAAAGAGUUUUGCCCGUUGGACUGAAGUUUGGUCCUGGAUGGAUAGGAGAAAACGAGGCAUUAAAGCACAUGCAGUCUUUAUUUACUGAGGAGAAAUCUUCAGUGAGCUCAAUACCAGAUGACAAUGCAAGCAAACUUCUCCAUCACAGCAGAUCCGACUCGAACUCUGUAUUUGCAAAUGGAUUUUUGUGGCAAGGUCGAGAAGACUUUGGAAGCACAGAUUUAGAUUCUCGAAGUGAGUUGAUUUCACUGAAGAGUAGUAUUGGAGGUAUAGAACCUGUGCCUCCUUUUGGAAUUCAGCAGAAACACACAAUUUCUUCUGAUAUCAAUGGAUUAAAUGGUGGGUUUGGGUCAGAUUUUUCAUCACAAAUCAGGAUGGUAAGACUUGCCACACUAACUGGAAUGCCUGUUUCUGAUGAUACUUCAGUGCCUGCGCAAAUGCUUGGUAUAGAUUCAAGUGGAAACACUACCAUCUGCCCAAUGUCUAGAAACAAUCACGAAUCAAAUGAAGCCAGAUUUUCUGAAACUGCAAGAACACAUUCUGGGAAUUUAUUGGCCCUGGGCUCUGGUCUCAAGUCACCCGGAACACCAGAACUGGUGCUUGGUGGGAAAGCAUCUUGGCAGAGAUCCGCAAUGCAUGAUAAGCAUGAUUCGUUUUCUUUUCCUCCCGACUUAAAUGUGAGCUUUCGGCAAACAGGUUCACAUAGUUCUAAUGUCCAGAUUGACGGACCUCAGCAGCCGGAUUUGGCAUUGCAGCUCUGAAGAUGGGUCGGUUAUAUUUCUUUCAAUUGACCUUGGGGUGUAGCUCUUGGGAAUAUAAAGAAAAUAAAUUGUCGGGCCAUUUUGAGGAUGUGAGAAGUUUUGUAUAGAUUAAUAUAUCCAAUUGUUAGGUUGAAGAUGGAAGUUAAUUUGAAACAAAUUAUUCCAAGGUGGAGACUCUUUUAGAGAUUCAAUGAAAAAUUAUACGGAAAAUUAUACCAAGAUAAAUCUAGAUACUUGUUUGAUAUUGUUGAGAGAUAAUAACAUACUGAACCCUUCCAAGUUC